GCCUAGUUGGAGGCAGUACCCGUACACUGCCGGUACAUCGUAGACGCCAUGGAUACCUUCCUGAAUGCCGGCGUUUGCGUGGUGCGCGCGCUCUUCUGCUGGCUGGAGUCGGUGGUGCUGUUCUUCGUGCCAGCCCACUACCGCAUGAAGUCGGUGGCCGGGGACGUGACGCUCAUCACGGGCGGCGGCAGCGGCAUCGGUCGCCUCCUGGCGCUGCGGCUGGCCAAGCGCGGCGCCCGCAUUGUCACCUGGGACGUCAACGUGGAAGGUAAUGACGAGACGGUGCGACUGAUACGGGCAGCUGGCGGAGAGGCACACGCGUAUACAUGCGAUCUCUCGAAGCGUGAAGAGGUGUACAAGACCGCUGAACGGGUCAAACGCGAGGUCGGCAAGGUCAGCAUUUUGGUCAACAAUGCCGGCAUGGUCAUCGGAAAUCGCCUGCUGGAGAUUCCAGACAAGCUGAUCGAGAAGACGUUUGAGGUCAACACGCUCGCUCACUUCUGGACUUGCAAGGCGUUCCUGCCGGACAUGAUCGCCUCCAAGAAGGGCCACGUGGUGAACAUCGCUAGCCUGGCUGGCAUGCAGGGCAUGAGCCGCCUCACCGACUACUGCGCCUCCAAGUUCGCCGCCGUCGGCUUCCACGAGUCGCUCACCGUUGAGCUGAAGGUGGGAGGCCACGACGAUGUGCAUACCACUGUCAUCUGCCCGUUCUUCAUCAACACGGGAAUGUUUGAUGGCGCCAAGUCAACUGUGAUCCCGUUCCUGGAGCCGGAGUAUGUGGCGGAUCAGAUCGAGACUGCCAUCUUGCUGAACAAGGAGCACGUCAUCAUCCCGGGCUACCUGACGCCGCUGUUCUUCUUCAAGCUGGUACUGGGCUACAACACCCUGUUCGAGAUCGCCUACGCCCUGAAGCUGACGGACGUCAUGGAGGGCUUCCAGGGGCGCAAGUGGUCCCCACCGGUCCCGCUCAUGAAUGGCGCCGGCAGCAGGACGUCUCACAACGGUUCGGCCAGCCCUCCGCCGUCCGAGCACAAGUAGUGCGGCGACCGUGCCUGCAGACCGUGCUGCCACAGUCCCCGGCGGUGACCGUGCUGCCACAGUCCCCGGCGGUGACCGUGCUGCCACAGUCCCCGGCGGUGACCGUGCUG